AUGGACCCCAAGAAGUGGAUCGACAUUCAAACCGAGGCCUUCCAGUACUCGCUUGAUCACUUUGUGAUCCCGGACCACUAUGAGGAUUCCCUGUCGAGUGUGCUGAUCCCCCAUGGAGUGAUUAUGGACCGAGUGGAGAAGCUCGCCAAGUUGAUCGUCCAAGAGUCGACUGGACCCUUGGUGGUCUGCUGUGUCCUCAAGGGAGGUCAUCAGUUCUUUGCGGAUCUUGUGAAUUACAUCAAGAAGAACGUCACCCGCGGUGGAAAGUCCGUUCCCUUGAGCCUCGAAUUCAUCAAGGUCAAGAGCUACAGCGGAGAGAUCUCUGGCGACGUCAAGUUGUCGUUGACGGACGAGGAGUGCAAAGAGUUUUCGGGAAAGAACAUUUUGAUUGUCGAGGAUAUCAUUGAUACCGGAAAGACCAUGGUCCAGUUGUUGGCGAAGCUGAGACGGUACUCACCCGAAUCCGUCAAGGUUGCAUCGCUGUUGAUCAAGAAGACGCCAUUGUCGAACGGAUAUAUUCCCGAUUAUGUUGGAUUUGCGAUCCCCAAUGCGUUCGUGGUCGGAUAUGCGCUGGAUUACAACGAGUACUUCCGUGACCUGGACCAUAUCUGUGUGAUCAAUGAGUACGGAAAGGACAAGUACGCCCUGAAGAACUGA